AUGACGGAUCUCUUCGCAAGCGACCAACUCACCCCCAGAAAAGCCACUCAGGGCGUCGAGCACGAGUAUCGAAAUGCCCAGGCGUACCAUGUUGAUGGCAACCUCACGCGACCUGGAAUACGCCUGAAGGAUGGUGUGCCAAUUGCUUCCCAGGUUGUGGCUGGAGCACGCCAUGUUGUGGUUGCGAAAAGGCCCCCGAUCAACCGAGACCAGAAGCUUUCAUGUGAUAUCUUGUCGUCAUUGGACUCUGACUUAAUAUUGCACUCUCCACCGACCGAGGACGUUAGCGAUGUAUUGCAGAAGAAGUCCAGCUGUAUGGAAAUAGAGAAGUCCAUGUACGAGGACCCAUUACUGGCAGCAGAGCUUGACAUCAGUUUCUUGUUCUGGCCUGUCGCGAAGAACUUCCUUCAGUGGUGCUUUAAUAUCCGCGCUGGGACACGGAACACCGGUCCGGGCGAUUGUGCUCCCAUUGAUUUCAAUCAAGUGAAUCUUCUCCUCGAGCUGUCUGUACAUAUGGUUGAAAAAAACUUCUCAUUGUUCUUCAAGUGCAUUUCAGAAGAUGGAAAUCGCAGCCUCAUCCGAUUUUGGCCUCCAAUCAGCAGCAUAGGCAUUCAACAGUUUACUUUUGCCGGUAUAGUUAUCAGUAGCCUAAUGGAAGGCAUGGCGCCAAGUGAAAGAACGAAAAGGGAAGGGUCGAAUAGAUCUUAUAUGCUUAUCUGUUUAGCCCCUCUGCUCAAUAGGUGUCAUUGCCAGAGCUCACACGAUGCACCCCUAAGGUCUUACGGUAAGCGAAGUAAGCCCCGUGAUUAG